GUUCCACAGUCAUUCCCCUGUCUCCUUCUACAUUUCCUCUCUUGGCCAUGAAAUCCAAUCAAUGGAUGUUCAUUACCAUCACUGUAGUCUUUGCAACUUUCAUGCAGAUAUGGGUGGUGGUCGAAUCCCUUUCCCAGGCUGACAAAAUUGUCGCCUUGCCGGGGCAACCGAAAGUCAGUUUCGGGCAGUUCUCUGGCUACAUCUUCGUCGACGACCAGAAGCAGAGAGCUCUGUUUUACUACUUUGUUGAAGCAGAAACUGACCCUUCUUCAAAACCACUUGUCCUUUGGCUAAACGGAGGACCUGGAUGUUCAUCUUUUGGAGCUGGAGCUUUUGUUGAGCAUGGUCCCUUUAAGACAAAUGGAGAGACUCUAGUUAGCAAUGACUUCAGCUGGAACAAAGCGGCUAAUAUGUUGUAUCUGGAGUCACCAGCAGGAGUUGGCUUCUCGUAUUCAACUAACAAAUCAUUUUAUCCCGAUUUGGGUGACAAAAUCACAGCACGAGAUAAUCUGGUCUUCCUACAGCGCUGGUUCCUCGAGUUCCCCGAGUACAAGAAUAGAGAUUUUUAUAUAACCGGCGAGAGCUAUGCCGGGCACUACGUCCCUCAGCUCGCACAAUUAUUUAUUCAGACUGACAUGAAACCGAAUCUGAAAGGAAUUGCAAUUGGGAAUCCUCUUAUUGAAUUCACUACGGAUAUGAACUCGGUGGACGACUUUUACUGGUCGCACGGGCUGAUUUCGGAUUCUGCUUAUGAACUUGUCAAGUCAUUAUGUAACAAUUCCCAGCUAAUGAGGGAAGCCCUCGAAGGCUUCCUGUCCCCUGCUUGUGCUGACGUUUACCUCACUAUCUUGGAAGAACUCAGCCAUUCUAUUGACAAAUAUGAUGUUCUUGCCGAUGUCUGUCUGUCAUCCGCCAAUGGAUCACAAACCUCGUUGCUCAGUCACCCCGCUUGGUCCAGACUCCGACAUGUUACUUCUCUCCAAUCACAACAAACUGUCCUGAAUCAGCAGCAAGUGAGUGGAGAGAAAGCUGAUGUUUGCGCAGAAGACAAGACAACCAAGUACUUGAACAGGAAAGAUGUGCAAGUUGCUUUGCAUGCCAAGCUUGUCAGGGUUACUACCUGGAGUUUAUGCAAUAAGUUUGUGCAAUAUAGGCGGAACAUCCAGGAUCCAACAAUUCAAAUUCUUGCCUCACUAGUCAAGUCUGGAAUUCGUGUCUUGGUUUACAGUGGAGAUCAGGAUUCUGUUAUCCCAUUUACCGGGACUAGGACUUUGAUUUAUAAACUAGCCAAGGAGUUUGGACUCAAAACAACUGUGCCUUACAGGGCUUGGUUUGAAAGCAAACAGGUUGGGGGGUGGACACAGGUCUAUGGGGAUAUAUUGUCGUAUGCAAUCAUCAGAGGAGCUUCACACACAGCUCCAGCUACGCAACCAGAGAGGUCCUUGACACUCUUUAAGGCCUUUUUAGCUGGGAAGCCGCUGCCAGAAGAUUGAACUUAUCUUAAAUCCAAUCAAUAUCCGACUUUGUUUUUACUCCUUGUAUUCUACAAAUUAAUAAGAGUGGUAUGGAUAUUUUGAGGCAUUCUUCCAUAUUUCUUUCUAUGGAAGAUAAAUAACAAAAUGACUUUUCUUUA